AUGGCUGCAGCAGCAACUGUUAAAAUUCUUCACAAUAAAGGAUGGCAGCCAAAAACAGUUGCAGUCGCGUCGGCGUCUGCGUCGCUUUUCACCGGCGCGACUUUCGCGUCGCUGCGCGGUGCGGCGCUGCCCGGCGCAGGUCACGUGACGUCACCGGCCGUACUUAAGGCGCGCGCGCCGCCGGGCGCGGUCUGUGCCCGCAGAGCGUCUGCCGCGUCUUCUGCGCCCCCUGACAACAUCCUGCUGCAACCCGCGCGACACCCGAUCGUCGCCCGCCGCCGUGCAACUACAAGAAUGAAGUGGGUGCUGUGCGUGGCGCUGCUGGCCGCGCUGGCCUGUGCUGUCUGCGACGCCGCCCCCGCUGCCGCCCCCGCCGCCCCCGCAGAAUCUUCGCGGGCCGCCGACGGCGAGACGGGCCGCCAGCAGGCGGGCGCGCCCGCAGCCUCGACUGACGACGACGACGACGAUGACGAUGACGAGGAGGACGUCGACCUGGACGACAUAACGGACGACGAUGACGACGACGACGACGAGGACGAGGGCGCCGCGGCGGCCGCCGACGACGAUGACGACGACGACGAGGACUACCUGGAGCGCUUCGUGGAGGACAUCCUGGGAGAUGACGACGACGAUGACGAUGACGACGUUCCAGUGCAGCCAGUGGUGGCAGCGGCGCCAGCGCAGCCCGCCGCCCCCGCGGCCGUCGCUCCGGUGCAGGUAGCGCCUGCCGCUGCCGCCCCCGCCGCCGCCGCAGCCGCCGCCGCUGCCGCAGCCUCCGAAGAAACGGCCGCCUCGGCGGACUACACAGCGCCGGGUGAGCAAGCGCAGCCGCUGCAGUACGACGACGCGGAGGCAGACGCCGAAGCGGACAGCCAGGCGGAGGCGGAGUCCGCCGAGGAGGCGGCGGAGGCCGUGCCCGACGCGUCGGAGGUGCGCCCGGAGGCGGUCGCGGCGCCGCCCCCCGCCGUCCAGGAGCCGGUCGGUGCCGGCGGCGACGACGACGACGAUGACGACGACGACGAUGACGACGACGACCUGGGCGUCGGCGACCUCGACGAGGACGACGACGACGACGAUGACGACGACGAUGACGAAGACGACGACGAAGACGACGACGAUCUGGACGUCACCGACGACGUCAUCGAGGCGAAGAGAUCACGAGUGAUGGAUGGUAACAAUGCUGUUCCACCUAUUUAUAUAACUAAGUACAAUCGUUUUGUGGAUAAUAUCUUAGAUCGAAUAAAUCAGGUUCUGCGGAAGAGUUAUGAUCCAGUUAAUGUACGUUUACAUUCAAACAACAACACCAAGAAAAAUGGCACAGCAAGUAGUAGUAAUAAAAAGAAAAAUGGCAACAAAAAGAAGAAUAACAGUGUUCGCAGACCAACUAGUGGGCAACGAAAACCACAUAUUACAGGCAGAAAAAGCAACAAUGCAACAGUACCUGAUGAAUCACUGAAAACAUCAAUGGUUGCUGUGUCAGAACAGCUGAAGGACUACCAACAAACUAUCACAGCGACUGUAGAAUCAACAAGGUUACAGACCAAUGUACUAGCAAGCACUGUGAGACCAACAUUAAGCAGCCGAGCAAGACCACCUCAGAAGAAAAAGCAACCACAGACAGCACAGAAGGCAGGAAAUAAGACUAACAAUAAGACUAAAUCCAACAGACCUCCAACACGUGCAACUCUCUAUGGCCUUGCUUCCAUAAAACGUGAUGGAGAUGUAACAGUCAACAUGAUGAGCUCUCACACAACCAUAAAAUCACGAUUCAGUCUGGGACCUCUGAUGCUUAAAGUUGAACGAGAAUUUGGGAGAGGAGCCAAGAAAGACAUUCGUAGUGCUGUUGCCACAACAACAGAAAUGUCCGGAAAAUUAAAUUUGAGGAUAAUGAAUGGUGGCGCAGCAACUCUGCAUUCAAUCAGGGUACUUCAACCAAAACAGGUGCGAGUUGAGAGUGCUGAUAACCAUGAUAAGACUCGUGAAUUUAUUUGGCGCCGUUCCAGUCACAUUGCUCAUCUUGUAUCACAGAAGUUAACACGAGCAGCCAAAUCUAUGCUCCAACCACCGCCUACAGUUGUUAAGUCCUGAAAUGAUUAUAAUGAUUCUCUGAAAUAAGCAUUGUACCUGCUCGCUCAGUGCAAAUGAGGCCUGGUUAUAUUAACCAGCUCUAAUGUGUUGCAUUUUAUUUUGUACACUGAAAUCAGUUCAGGACUAAAUGUGUCAUGUGUUUCUAUUUAUUUAUUUAUUUAUUG